AUAUAGUGACAUGGAACAUUGGCACGGCAGAUCCUCCAACAGAUGUGAGGUCACUGUUACAGCUUGACUUGGAGACUGAUCUUUAUGUGAUAGGUCUGCAGGAGGUGAGAGCCACUCCGGUGAAAUAUAUGUCCGAUCUGAUGGUAGAAGACUCAUGGAGCCAUCUCUUCAUGGAUACACUUGCACCAAAUGGCUUUGUCAAGGUGACCUCUGUGAGGAUGCAGGGUCUUCUCCUCCUCCUGUUUGCUAAACAGCUCCACCUUCCUUUUAUCCGUAAUCUCCAGACCACAUACACCCGCACAGGAUUCUUUGGAUACUGGGGGAAUAAAGGUGGUGUUUCGGUGCGAUUCUCCUUCUACGGUCACAUGCUAUGCUUCUUAAAUUGCCACCUAGCUGCACACAUGAACUAUGCAAUGCAGCGUGUGCAUGAGUUCGAGUACAUCCUAAGCUCGCAAGAUUUCGACUUCGACAAUACACAACAUGUGCUGGACCACAAGGUAGUGUUUUGGUUUGGUGAUCUCAACUUCCGCAUUGCAGAUCAUGGCCUGCACUUCCUGCGCACUUCUAUCAAUAGCGGUCGCUUCAACUUGUUGUGGGAUAAAGACCAACUGAUGAUGAUGAAAAAGAAGGAGCCACUACUGCAGGAGUUUGAAGAAGGACCUCUAGAGUUCAAACCAACGUACAAAUUUAGCCGCUUCUCUGAAGCCUAUGACAUGAGCGGAAAGAAACGGAAGCCGGCCUGGACCGAUCGUAUCCUGUGGAGGAUAAAACCUAAAUGCUCACAAGAUGAGGAAGAGAGUUGCUCAACAUCAUUACCAGCAGACAAAAAAGACUUAUCUCUAAAGGUGACACAGCAAAAGUACACCUGUGACACAUCAUAUGGUGUUAGUGACCAUAAGCCUGUCAUCGGGACUUUUACUCUGGAGAUGCAAAAGGAUGUGGAGAAGCCUUUAGUGUGUGUGAGCGCUGAGAGCCACUGGAGCGCUGAUGAGGAUGCAAUCCUGACGUACACCAUCCAGGAUAACUUUGCUGCCUGCACCUCGGACUGGAUCGGCCUCUACAAGACUAACUUCAAGAGUCCCUCUGAUUACACUGCCUUCGUGUGGGUCAAGGAGGAUGAGAUUGCUGAAAUCAACGAAGUGGUCCAGUUAAGAAUGAAUAAAGAUGACCUCCCCUUGCUGGCAGGGGAUUACAUUCUGGGUUACUACAGCAGAAACAUGCAGUCCCUGGUGGGCCUAAGCCCUACUUUUCAGAUCAUGGAGUCUAGGUUGGCUCUACUGGGAGACUUGGUGCCUGAGCAUGCUAAUGGACGUCAGUCUCAGUAACUUUAUCCAGAACCGAACCUUUAAUUGAAACAAAACUCUCAGACGAAAAUAAUUCGUUACUGUACUGUACAUGCUUCAAGCAUGGCAAGCUGAUCACACCACUACUUUUUAUUCCAUAUGGUACCUUCUACAUUGUGCACAAGCCACAUUCCCUGUGCACCAACACACUUUUUUAAUAAGUCAAACGACAGUCAGUGACAUUAGGGCAAAUUUUCCUCAAUCCAUAGACAUGGAAUUGUGUAUAACAAAAAAAAACAGGGUAAAAGCUCACUGACCAAAGAUGAGAUGACUGAAUCAUAUACUACUGUUGAAAAUUAGCCUGUAGAUAAUUGAGUAGCUGAACUUAAUGUUCUAAUUUAAGGAGUUUCAGUUGUGCUGACACCCUCUAGUUCCUAGCCAGAGUUCUCUUAAAUCAGUACAAGGGGGAAUCUGAGCAAAUCUGUCAUGUACAGUAGCCAACAAAUGAAGAAAUUAGGAAAACCAAAACAUUACUAAUUGAAAAAAAAAAUGCAGUCUACAUCACUCUAUUACUCAAGCAGAAAAAAAAAUGCCCAAUUAGGCAUCUGCUCAGUUCAUGCUGUAUCAAGCUGAUUUGGCCUUUUUUUAUGCAGUGAAAAUCUUUCUUACUUAUUAGAAUAUGGAACAUUGCCUAUUCAUCUGAAUAUGAGACUGAAGACGUUAAAACAGGAUCAUUUUAUAGAAUGCUACCAUUUCCUUUAAAGUUAAUGGGUUGAAUUAGAGUAAAUAAUCUACAGUAAUUCCGAAUCCAGCGUCCUGGGGUAAACAAUGCUGAACAGGGUUAUUAUAAUCAAUCAAGAUGGUAAAAUAGUUACUUCUGAUUUGCAAAGUCAUAAACAAGAUAUUCUUCCACAGAUUAUCGAAUUAAAUAAAAAAGAAAAGACAUUUUCUGACACUUCACAUGUGAAGCUCACAUUAACAGCAUGUAGUGUAUAGGAUAAUACUCAGUAAUCUUUUUCUUAGUGUGUGAAUCACAGAGCUUGAGACAAAUCUCCUCAUAAUGCACAGUCAGUCUUAUUUUUACAUUUUAGACAGAUUAGUGUGUAUCUUUAGGGGCAAAUUUGCACCUCUGCUGUUGAGAGUUUGCAUUUUCCCCACAGUGCUUUUGGGGGUUUCCUCGAGGGAUUCCUGUUUCCUUCCCAAUCCUGGCUGAUUGACAUAUCUAAAUUGUCCAUAGCAAAUGGGUUUGUGAGUGUGUGUGUGCUUGUGCCCUGCAAUGGCUUGGCACACAUCCCCUGGGAUUUUUCCAUCUCCUGGGAUAACUUUUGGGUGCCCCACAGGUCCCUGGGAAAGGCUCCAGGUUCUUCACAGCUCCGAGUAGGAUAAGUGGUUAAGAAAAUGGAUGGAUAAAUAGUACGUAUCUUAUACUUUAUGCAUUUGUCUGCUCUAAUAAAGAAUCUAAAAAUCAAAAAAUUGUUCUCAUCUCAUCAAACAGGACCUGGUGUGUUAUGAGGAACAGUGCUAAUUUAGAAUGUGUAUAGGCUACCACUAGCAAUAAUAGCAGGAGGUCUUGUUCAUUACUCCCACAGAUGGCAGUGUUGCUACUUGAAUAAUUAUCCAAUCCAUAUCAGAUCGUUAUUACCGUACAAAUCAUGACCAAGUCGAUGAUACCAAAACCAGUGACCUUAUUUCUUGAAGGAUUCUAGUUCAGUUGUUGUGACUCACAUAGAUAUGAUGAUGUAGGUGAUGGUGAAGGGCAGACGCAACCUGUAACAGUGCCACCUUGUGUGAGUUGGAUUAAGUGUGAUAAGUUAUCAUGAACUUUUUUUUUCUUUUAGCUUGAUCACAGAGUCUUUGUGGUGAAUUUGCAGGAUGAGGUAUGUCUGAUGGCCGAAACAUGAAAGAACGAACGUUGUUGUUCAUAAUUAAAGCACUGUUCAUUUCACAGUCCAGUAUUUCUGUCCAUGUAGUUAGUGAAAUAAAUAAUAUUCUAACAGCAGCCCUUUUAAUCAAUGUUCUCAAACAGAUGUAGCACCCAGACGGGUAAGGUGCUCCAGAAAACCCAGCACUCGAUCAAUUCUGGUGUGAUUUAACCUUCAUGAUUUCAACACACACACACACACAGAGCUGUGGAGAUGGUGUGUUGCACCAACUGGGAGUGUUUUCAUGCAUAAUUACAGCCAUAAAUCAGCCUGAGGCACCUGCUCCGCUCCUCAACACACGCAGCCAGGAGAGCAAAGCUCAGAUACCUCACCUCAAGCCUGCAUAUCUGCCCAAUAACCAGCAAAU